GAGAGAUUGGGGUUGAGGAAGAGAGAGAGAGAGAGAGAGAGAGAGAGAGAGAGAGAGAGAGAGAGAGAGAGAGAGAGAGAGAGAGAGAGAGAGAGAGAGUGAGGGGUUGAGAGAGUGGCGUUGAUAGAGAGGGAUUGGGGUCUCUCUCUCAUUGUUCUCAAGUUUCCCUGCUGCUGCUCUUACGAAGUAAUGACAUCACUGAUGACAUCACCGGGGAGUCCCCACACACAGCAUAAAUACUACCCGCUCUCCAGCACCUGAACACACUUCACUACUGCACCACGCACAGCCAGAGCACUCAGACUGACAAACACCACCCAAGCCCACUCCACCACACACAGACAGAGUACUCAGACACACCACACACACACACACACACACACACACACACACACACACACACACACACACACACACACACACACACACACACACACACACACACACACACACACACACACACACACACACACACACACACACACACACACACACAUCCGCAGAGCAACAAAUCUCCUCGUUCCAACACAGACCACCUCACUGCGUGAUGGAGAUCGGGAUGGGGGCCUCGGGGAUGGGGGAGGGGAUGGUGCUGGUGGUGCAGAAGAGGCCUGCUCUAAGCUGGAUGUGGAGGGUGUGCGUGGCCACCUUCAUCCUAGCGCUGUGUGUGUCCGGAGCUCUUGUCCUCACUCAUUACCUGAUGGGUCAACCCGGGGUCUCGGUCUCCCCUGAAGAGCAUGUCGUCAUGGAGAAAGAGAGUCCUCAGCUGUCUCUGAAGCGCCUCGGCAGCCGGUCCAAACCCGCCGUUCACCUGGAAGGGCACUACCAGGCCGGGGCCAAGGGGGGGGCAGGUGGAGUGGCUCCGGGACCAGGGUCAGGCCUUCCUCCAGGGGGGCUUCCGGGUGAAGGAGAACCAGAUCCUGAUCCCCCGGAGCGGCCUCUACUUCGUCUACAGCCAGGCGUCCUUCCGGAUCGCCUGCGAGGACGACGGGGAGCAGGCGCGCGUCACCCCGCUCAGCCACCGCGUGUGGCGCCACUCGGACUCCGUGGGGGGCCCGUCCACGCUGAUGAGCGCCGUGCGGUCGGCGUGCCAACGGCCCACGAUCCGCGGCGAGGGAUGGUACAACACCAUCUACCUGGGCGCCGCCUUCCAGCUGCACAAGGGGGACCGGCUGUGGACGGAGACCAACCAGCCGGAGCAACUGGAGUACGAGGGAGGGAAGACCUUGACCUUCUUUGGAGUGUUUUCCCUGUGACGCCGCCGCGGUAACACUAGCGGCUCUGUAGCUUAAAACUGCCAUUUGAAACUUGUUUUGUGGCUUUAAACGUGUUCCGUAGCUUUAAAUGUGUUUUGUUGCUUUUGAACGAGUUUUCUGAGUUCUGUAGUUAUAAAUGUGUUUCUGUAGUUUUAAAUGUGCCCUGUAGUUUCAAAUGUGUUCCGCAGAUUUAAAUGUGUUCUGUUGCUUUAAAUGUCUUCUGUAGCUCUGAACUUGUUCUGUAUCUUUACAUGUGUUCUGUAUCUUUAAAUGUGGUCUGUAGCUUUGAACGUGUUCCGUAGGUUUAAGCAUAUUCUGUAGCUUUGAACGUGUUCCAUGUCAUUCCUAUUUGAUAUCUCAGUAGAGAUGGACUGCUUCAACAGACCAUGGCUGAGUAUCUCUUGAACUGCAACAGUUGCAAUUAUACUGCUUUUCAAGAUUGUACAAAGUACAUAAUGACUCUCUCUAAUACUACGACGAGUACUUACUUCAGAGCUAACAAUCAUUUCGAUAUCUAUUUGUAUUUAUUUGUAUUUAUUAAUGUACAUAUUACACAUAUUAGCUGUAAAUUAACCUUGUAUUUUAUUUGUUUAAUAAUAAUAUUGUU